CCUGUAACUUUAAUACCACAGAUUCCUCCAAGUAUUGGCGGCCCUGAUGGACAACAAUCUACCGGUGGUCCUACCAAUGGUAAUGCUCAACAGGUUUCCUCAAAUAAUAAACGAAAAAGUAAUCAAAACAUGGGUGCUCAACUACCAGGAUCCCGCGCUCCGAUAAACAAAGGUUCGAUUAGUAGUAGUAAUCAGACAUUAGGUGACAUGGAUCCAGAGACAGUCCCGGCUCAACUAAAAAAAGAAGGUGGUGAUUGGUUUGCAAUUUUUAAUCCUAAAGUACAACGAGCACUUGACGUUGAUCUUUUCCAUACAUUGGAACAUAAUAGUUCGGAUGGGAAAUAUCUUGCCACUGGUUGUAAUCGAAGUGCUCAAAUUUAUGAUGUAGUAAAUGGACAAAAAUUAUUCGUUCUUGAUGAUAAUAAUGUGGACAAAACUGGUGAUUUAUAUAUCAGGAGUGUAUGUUUCAGUCCUGAUGGAAAAUAUUUGGCUACAGGUGCUGAAGAUAAACAAAUUAGGAUUUGGGAUAUUCAAAAACAGACUAUUAGAUCACUUUUUCCAGGUCAUGAACAAGAUAUUUAUUCACUUGACUUUUCACGUGAUGGCCGUUUAAUUGUGUCCGGUUCUGGAGAUAAAACUGCUCGCGUUUGGGAUAUGGUUACUGGUGAAUUAUUGUAUAAACUCUCAAUUGAUGAACCAAGUCAAAAAGAUGCUGGUGUAACUAGUGUAGCAAUUAGCCCUGAUGGUUAUUACGUCGCAGCUGGAUCAUUAGAUAAAAUAGUACGCGUCUGGGACGCACGAACAGGCUAUCUUCUUGAACGUUUGGAAGGACACAAAGAUAGUGUUUAUUCUGUUGCCUUUGCACCUGAUGGUAAAACGUUAGUUUCUGGAAGUUUGGAUAAAACUUUGAAAUUAUGGGAUAUGAGCCAUCCGGGAAGAAAUUCUGGUGCCGGAUCUAGUCAAAAGAAUUCUGCAAAGAUGACUUUCAACGGACACAAAGAUUUCGUUUUAUCCGUUGCUGUCUCCCCUGAUGGUCGUUGGGUAGUUUCAGGAUCUAAAGAUCGUGGUGUACAAUUUUGGGACCCAAUUACCGCACAAACUCAAUUUAUGUUACAAGGUCAUAAAAAUUCAGUAAUUUCGGUAGCCUUAAGUCCGGCUUUAAGCGGCCCAACUGGCAAGCUUUUCGCUACUGGGUCUGGUGAUUGUCGAGCGCGUAUAUGGCGAUAUUAUGAUGAUCAAUAA